AUGACUUCUUGCCAGAAGUUGCUACCACUGCUUGUGGUUAUAUUAGCACUUAUCCUGAAAAGUGAUACAAAAAAAAUUGGUGGAGGUUUUGGACGAGGGAUGUCAGCUGGUCGUUCAAUGUCCAAGCCUAGUGGUCGUUCAGGAGGCUUCGGCAGCCCUAUUCACCAUUCUUCAAGUGGAGGCUUCUCUCGCACUGGUCAUGUUGGUGGCUAUCAGUCUGGAGGCAGUCACCCCCGGUAUAGCAACACUGGAGGCUACCAGUAUGGAAACCAGCAAAGAGGUGGUGGCGGAUGGAGUCAUCCCAGAGCGACCGGUGGGAGUAGUAGUCGUAGUUGGUCGAAACCUCGAUUUUCAGCGAGUACUUUUAAGUCAGCAGCCUUGGGCGCGGCUACUGGUAUAUUGGCCUAUGAAGCUGGCAAAACUCUUAUUCGAAGCGUAACACGGCCGUUUAUGUAUCAUGGCCGGUCCUAUUACUGGGGCUCACCUUAUUAUCAGGGAUCUUCUGGUACAAAAAUGUGCAGUAGACCAAUAACUCCUAAUGAUCCGAACUUUGGAGACAUCUAUUUGCAAGAUGGUCGUUCAAGGCCGAAGGAAAUAGUUUGGUCUUGCGGAUGGAACGAAUAUUGCUGUGGUCUUGACUGUUGUUAUGGAGGAGGUUCGAACGGAUACAGAACUUUCGGUCUUGGGUACGUUGUUGCUUUAUUCUUUUCGCUUCUUGCUGUCCUCUAA